AUGGCAUCAUGUGGUAACAUGCAUUCCUGUGGGCCAAAUGAUAAUAUUUAUAGAGGAAGUAUCAACGAGAAUGACCAGACGGGCACGUUCAUUGUACAAGUGACAACAACGGACAAAGACAAUGGCCAGAAUGCAGCGGUCCAAUAUGCCAUCAUAAGUGGCAACCUCAAUGGUGUCUUUCAAAUCAAUCCUACAUCUGGUGCUAUCACAAACACCCAAGUGCUUGGACCUAACACCCCUCAGACAUACACCCUCAGUGUCAGGGCAAGCAAUCCCACACAAGGUGUAGGAGUGAGUGGAGAGGCUAUUUCAACGGUCAUCAUUACCGUGAAUGAUGUCAAUGACAGUCCGCCUAGAUUUAGUGCUGAUGAAUUCACUGUAUACAUCAAUGAGGCUGCACAAGUAGGUACGACAGUGACCAGGAUCACGGCUGAUGAUGAUGACAUCCCGGAAGGAGAUCGACUCACUUACGCCAUAACUGCUGGCAACCUAGGAGGAUAUUUUCAAAUCAAUCCUGUGAGUGGGGAUGUCACUCUCCUGAGGCAGCUUGACAGGGAGCUUGAAUCUCAACACAACUUGACCAUCAGGGCCACCGACCAGGGAGCCCCUCCACAGACCGAUAUGACCCUCCUGAAGGUGAUCGUGCUGGACUUCAAUGAUAACCCUCCAAGGUGGAGCCAGCAGAACUAUAUGGAGAGCAUCCCUGAAGAUACUCCAGUCAACACUCUGGUUCUGCAGGUGAUAGCCACCGAUGAUGAUGAAGGCGUCAACGCUGACCUUACGUUUUCUAUCAACAAUGCCAACAGCGUCCCUUUUGUCAUCGAUAAUGAGGGCAACAUCCGAACAUCUGGUCUUCUGGAUAGAGAGAUGGAACCUCAGUAUAACUUCCUGGUUACUGUGCUUGAUAAUGGUAGUCCUCAACAAGCUGGCAACCCUCCUGCUACUGUCACCAUCAACAUCCUAGAUGUCAAUGAUGAGCCACCCAUCCUUGAUGAGACUUCCUACGAGUUCACUAUCGCAGAAGAUGUCAACUUCAACACUUUUGUUGGACUGAUUACUGCCACUGAUCCAGACCUCACAGGAACCCUGACAUAUACCUUCGUGCCAGCUGACCCCGACUUCAGCUACACGGCUGGAACCAUCCGGACCAAUGCCCAACUGGACGCCAACCAGCAACUGAUCUAUCAGAUGACCGUCUUUGCUUCGGAUGGUGUACAGAACUCGCAGUCAGCACCGGUCACCAUCAACGUGCUGGACGUGAACAACCAGCCACCGUCCUUCGGGUUGGGCACCUACGUCAGGUCGCUCCCAGAAGACUCUCCGUUCCAGACUCUUGUGGUUGAUCUCAAUGCUACAGAUCCAGACAAUGGAAACACUGGAUUGAUCAUUUACAGUUUUGAGAGUCUCAGCCGAACUGAAGGCCCCUUCACUGUUGACCCUUACACCGGUGUUGUUGAGAUCUCAACGACUGCUGCCCUCGACAGGGAGACGCAGGACGAGUACACAUUGAUCGUUAUUGCUGUUGAUCAACCGGCCAGCGGUCAACCUAUGACUGGUACGGCUACGGUCUCUGUGAUUGUGACAGAUGUCAAUGACAAUGCACCGACUUUCCGGAACAUUUCCUAUGAAAAGUCGGUCUUUGAGAACCAUCCUCUGGGCACAAAUAUUGUAACUGUAAAAGCCGAUGACCCUGACUUGGGAGUGAAUGCAGUGGUUCUCUACCGUAUCAUCAGCGGGAACACCAACAACAUGUUCAUCAUUGACGGUCAAGGGAACAUCAACCUUGGUAGUACUUCGCUGGAUCGGGAAACGCAGGAUCAGUAUAUCCUCAUCGUUCAGGCCUAUAACAGUGACCUGUCAGUGGGCACCAACCAAGUCCCUGUCAUCAUCAACGUCCUUGACGUGAAUGAUGUCACCCCAACGUUCCAGCAACAGAACUACUACCGGCCAGACUUGUCAGAGAACUCGCCCGCUGGAACCCCAGUCAUUACAGUCUUUGCUCAAGACCAGGACCUGGACUUGGCAGGAGAUGUGCAGUAUAGUCUAGUUGGUAACCCCAACUUCUUAGCCAUCAACGGCGAGACUGGAGUCAUCUCGGUCACCGGACCCAUCUCUGAUCUCAACGGGUCAAGGAACUUCACGAUGACCGUCAGAGCCACGGACAAGGCCAGUCCAUUCCUCAGUGGCAUGGCAACAGUCAUUGUGACGGUUGUGGACGACACCAUCCUGCUUCCGAUAUUUACCAACACCAGAUAUCCUGCAACUGUCGAUGAGAAUGUCAAUACAGACACAUUUGUGACUAGGGUCUCUGCGACACUGAAUGGAAGUCCAGCUGGGAUUACUUACACCAUCGAUCCUAACGCCAGUCCUGCUGUCCUAGAAAUCUUCAAAAUUGAUGAAAACACUGGUUCUAUCACCACUGAAGGUGCCAUUGAUCGUGAGCUAGAGGAUUUCUACGCCUUCACAGUCUUUGCUUCUCAUGAGGAUAGCGUAGCACCAGGAUCCACAUCGGUCUGGGUGACGAUCGCGGACAAGAACGACAAUGCACCGGUCUUCACUGCCGUACCCUCUUCGCCUGUUAGUAUUCCAGAGAACAUGCUUGGGACUGUUCCUGUUGGAAUUUUCACUGCUACGGAUCAAGAUAUUGGGAUUAAUGCACAGAUGACCUUCUCCAUCUCUGGACCAGGGUCAGAACUGUUUAACGUCUUCCAGACAGCUAGCGGUGGAGGUACUAUCCUAGCAAUUAGUCCGCUGGAUAGAGAGACACAGGACUUCUAUCAACUCACUGUGAUUGCUACAGACGGGGGAAACCCAGCCCUCAGCUCCUCCUUCCCAAUCAACAUCACAGUGACUGAUGUCAACGAUAACUACCCAAUCUGGACAAGCAACGCUUAUGACGGAUCAAUAACUGAGAAUAAUUUCACCUCCAACCCUAUCAUCACCGUGAUGGUCACCGAUCGCGAUCUUCCAUCAUCGAACAACUUUGAGUACUUCAUCGUUAAUGGUGAUCCCAUGGGGAUGUUCCAGAUAAACAAUAAUGGAGAGAUCACCGUGUCCAGUUUACUGGACAGAGAGGAACAAGGGUCUUAUCAACUGACCAUAGAGCUCAGAGACCAGACCAACUCACCACCAGCGCAGACCACCACCCUCGCACUCAUCACCGUCCUCGACGAGAACGACAACACACCGAUCUUUGACGAGACCAACAUUAGGGUUGACAUCACCGAGGGGCCGUCCUCUCAGGGUAUUCCAGUCUAUGUCAUGUCCGCCAGCGACAUCGACCUGGGAUUGAACAAGGAGGUCAUCUACGCCUUUGAAUCUCAGCAACCCCAAUCCGAUUUUGAGAUUAAUCCUGGGACGGGAGUGAUAUCGACUAUAACUGCCCUGGACUGGGAGAGUGUAUCGGAAUACACCCUCAUUGUGACUGCUACUGACCAGUCACCUACUGAACCAAGAACGGGCACUGCCACAGUGAUCGUCAGCGUCAAUGACAUCAACGACGGUGCUCCUAUGUUCGUCCAGGACGUCUAUGGACCGUACAGCGUCCAGGAGGAGGUAUCCAAUGCUUACAUUGAUACCUUUGAAGCCACAGACACAGACCAAGGACUAGCCGGUCAGAUCACCUACAGUGUCAUAGGACAAUACAGUGACCUGUUCUUCAUCCAGUCUCAGACCGGUGUGUUGACUGUCAGCCCUGAUAGAGUUCUAGAUUAUGAAGACAUCACUGCAUUCAACAUCACUGUGGUUGCCACGGAUAUGGGCAAUCCCGCCCUCUCCUCAUCGACAAUAGUGGGCAUUAACGUCAUCAACAUCAAUGACCACACCCCAAUCUUCCAAGGCAUUCCGUACACCAUCACCCUCAGCAAGAACAUCACAGCGGGCUCACUGGCGUAUGUUGUCAGGGCAACGGACGAUGAUGCUGGCAUCUUUGGAGAUGUCCGGUAUCAGAUCACCGAUGGCAACGUUGACAACAUCUUCAGGAUAGAUGAUGUGAUUGAUUCUUCAGGUGGUAUAGAAAGAAAGACUGGUGAGGUGUUUGCGGAGGGACAGCUAGAGACUGGUACAUACCGUCUGGUGAUAGAGGCAAGGGACACUCCGGGAGAUGUACCCAACUCAAGAGCUUCCUCUACCACUCUUACUAUCGUUGUAACGGAUAUUGGUGAAUUGGCACCAACCUUCCCAGGCAGCUCUCUCUUCACUGGAAACGUCUUUGAGAAUGCACCAUUAGGACAACCUAUUACCAUGAUCCCUCCAAUACGAGCAAUCAAUAACAACGCAAAUGGCCAGCUUGUCUACACCCUCAUUGGACCAGAAUCACAAACAUUCAUGAUUAACCAACUAUCAGCCAUAAUCCAAGUGAAUGGACCGCUGGACAGAGAGACAAAAGACUUCUAUGAGUUUGAGGUGAUUGUCACCGAUUCCCUGGGUCUGAGGGCGAAUGGUACGGUCCAUAUCAACGUUCUGGAUGUCAAUGACUUUGCUCCUGUCUUCAACGAUUCCGUCUACAACUUCACCAUCCCAGAGAAUUCACCAGGAGGCUAUUACGUUGGAAAUGUAGCGGCGUACGACCUUGACGGGGACAAUGUCAACUUCUUCAUCCAAACGGGAGGAGAAGACAAGUUUGAUAUUGGAGCUACAUCAGGAACAAUUACGGUCGCACCUGGUGCAGUGCUAGACAGAGAAGUGAAACCUUUCUACACCCUAACUGUCAUGGUGUCGGACCUACGCGACCCGCCACUCAGUGGUACCGCCACAGUCUACGUCUAUCUCACCGACAUCAACGACAGUCCUCCAACCUUUGACCCCUCGCUCCUGGAUCAAACUAUCUCCAUCCCCGAAGACACGCCUGGCAACACACUCGUCACCACCGUCACCGCAACUGACGAUGACCUCAACUCAGUCAUAAAUUACCAGAUUGUUUCAGUGUCUGUCUAUGAUGAGGAUGAUGUCGACAUCACAUCAUCGUUUGAUUACAGGACGGUCUUCAGCCUCAAUCCGAUUAAUGGGAGUAUCAUGCUGACCUCACCGGUCGAUCGCGAGGUCACCGAGGAGUUUGUGUUCACAAUUUCAGCAAGGGAUCUGAAUUCUCAAGAUCCUAUCUUUGGUACAAGCCAGGAGCAUGCCCAAAUCACCAUUCUGAUCACCGACAUCAACGACAACCACCCUGCAUUCCAGCCUCCAGGCACCACAUUCAUCCUCGGCCAGCUCCCAGAGUCCUUUGGAGCAGGAAGUCCCAUUCCUGGUAACCUGCUAGCCUUGGAUCCAGACCUUGGUCUGAACGGUGAAGUGAUGUAUGUCAUUGAGAAUCCAUCAAGUGUCCCUGUCACCAUCAAUCAGAACACAGGUCAGCUAACUCUCCUGACUACCAUUGAUCUGGAACAGCAGCCUUGGGUCAACCUAACCGUCCUGGCCAUCGACAAGGGCACGCCAUCCCUCAACACCAGCAUCCCCGUCUACCUGGAGAUCAUCGACAACAACGACAACAACCCUGUAUUUGGUUCUCAGUCCUAUACUACCUCAAUCAUAGAGAGCGCCCCCACUGGUUCGUUUGUGUUUAAUGUCAACGCGACGGAUGCUGACAGCGGAGGCAACGGUCGUGUGACCUACAGUCUGAUUGGAGGCAAUGGGAAGUUCACCAUCAAUCCAGAUACGGGAGUGAUCACAUUACUUCAACAACUUGACAAGGAGACCCAGGCCCAGCACAUGCUAACAGUGUUUGCAAGGGACAACCCAGGGGACUCCGAAGACAGUAGAACAGGGUCAACAACAGUCAUUGUAAAUGUGCUUGAUGCUAAUGAGUUGCCACCUGUAGUGACCCCGCCCAUCUUCACCAUCGAUGAGGGUGGGGCGGCGGGUGACCUUGUAGGGGUCAUUGAAGCAUUUGACCCCGAUCACCCUGACGACCCAAAUCAGUCGCUGUACUACGUGAUUGUCAGCUCACAACCUGAAAUUGGUAGCACGCUCUUCACUAUCGAUAAUGCUACUGGUUCAAUCUUAACAACUGUUCCUCUGGAAAGAGAUAACGGUCUGCAUCCAGCACAGGUUGAUUUAAAUCUAAUUGUCUAUGAUGGAGGCAACCCCAACCUUGGUACGUCAGUCACCGCCAUCAUCUACAUCAAUGACCUCAAUGACAAUCGACCCAUGUUUGACCUUCCGCUUUACAAUGUGACUGUGGUAGAGGGUCAGUACAGUGAUCCUAUCAUCACGGUCGUGGCCAAUGAUCCGGACGAGAAUAGUAACCUCCGAUAUGAGAUUCUUGGCGGGAACCUAAACAAUACAUUUGUGAUAGUGGAUGGAGGCUUGAUUCCAGUCAAAGCCCUGGACUUUGAGACAUUCAGAAACUACAAUCUUACCAUUGUGGCAACCGAUGACAGCGGGAAUACCGAUAUCACCUACGUUGCUGUCACCGUUACCGACGCUAAUGAUCACAACCCCUUGUUUGUACCAGAUCUCUACAGUCUUUCUGUCAUUGAGAAUGAACUGCCAGGCACUCAGGUAGGAGUAGUGACUGCCGUCGAUGGUGACACUCACCCAGACUACACCAAUAUCAUCUACACCAUCCUCACUGGUGAUAACCUUGGAAACUUCACCAUCAACGCAACGACAGGCAUCAUAACGACUGCCACCAUCUUGGACCGAGAGAAGACCAGUGAGUAUGUACUGACGGUUGGAGCGGAGAAUCCGGUUGGAGGAACAACAGCUACAGCAACGGUUUCAAUCAUCGUAAGAGAUGUCAAUGACAAUACUCCAAUCUUUGAGGAGAACCCUUACACCUUAGUGGUCACCACCAACACUCUCCUAGUGGACGUCCAUGCUAAUGAUCCUGAUGAAGGGGGCAACGGCAUCGUCAUCUAUGAGAUUGUAUCAGGAAAUGAUGAUAAUCGCUUCACCAUUGACAACAGGACUGGGGUCAUCACUCUUGUGAACCCUCUAGAAGGUCAACUGGUCAAGAACUACACCCUUGUGGUCAUCGGUCAUGACCUCGGAACCCCUCGUCUCCAGAGCAACACGACUAUUGACCUCGUCAUCAAUUACCUUGGCCCCAACGCCCCUCCAUCAUUCGUAAGACCAAGCCAGGGCUCUACUGUCUCUAUAACGGAGAACAAUGCUGUCGGCAUGUGGAUCAUUGAUGCUUUUGCAGUGGAUAAUGACUUUGGAGAUAAUGGAGUGGUGGAUUACAGCAUCCUACCAAACUUUGAUUUUAAUGAUUUCAGUAUAGAUCCAGUAACAGGGAACAUCACCAUACUUGUGUCAGCUGAUAGAGAGAUGAAAGAUUCAUAUACUUUGACAGUAGUAGCAACGGAUCGGGGUAACCCUAGUCUUUCAACCAGUUCCACAUUCGUCAUCAGAGUUCUUGAUGAAAAUGAUAAUGACCCAGCCUUCCCAAGACCUGAUGGAAUGAACAAUCCGGUCGUGCUGAAUCUGAAUGUCUUUGAGAAUGCAAACAUCAGUGAUGUCGUCGGAACUGUCAGUGGUGCUAUCGAUCUAGACCUGGGCGCCAGUGGGCAAAUAUUCUACCAUAUUGUUGAGAGCACAGUGGAUGGUGUCUUUGUGAUCAAUUCAACAACGGGAAUAAUCACCGUCAACGGUUCCCUGGAUCGGGAGGAUAUCGGUGUUCACACGGUUCUCGUCAUGGCAACCAAUGAUGCUACCUACAAUGGAACUGGACCGUAUAUCGUCUUGGAUAACAUCUCUUUGAAAGAAGUUGAGAUUACCUUGUUAGACAUCAACGACAAUGCACCAAGGUUCACAAGCACUGUCAUAUCUGCUUGUAUUCCCUUUGACAUUAGACUCGAUAGUAGAGUCGUGUCUGUCUCCGUGGUCGAUCUCGAUGGCGGAACCAACCUUGGCAUCCGUUACUCACUCACCGCCAUCAGAUUCAUCAACAGCCAAGGGGAGAGUACUGCAGCCAUUAAUGCUUUCAGAAUCAACAAUGUGACUGGUGAGAUUGUCAGUAAUCAGCAGUUUGGAGAGGCCUACUUACAGGGUUACUUCGAUAUGGUAGUCCAGGCAACGGAUAUCACCACCGGACAGUUCGCAGUUUCAUCAAUCAGGCUCUGUAUUCUAAACAACAAUCAGCGAGUUGUUGUGGUUAUUGAUGCAGGAAUCGAUGUUGUCAGGGAUAACAGAGAAAUCCUCAUACAGGUGCUUGAAAACAUCACCGGUGGUAUAGUAUUCAUUGAUGACAUCACAACCUAUCGUGACGAGAACGGAAACAUCGUGCCCGAUCAGACCCAAGUCUUGAUACACGUGGUUGAUCGUAACACUGGAGAGGUUCUGGAUGCAAACCUCGUCACAAGUCUCAUAGAUCAGAAUGCCAUGAGUAUAGAAGUUCUCUUUGAUGAUCUGGAUGUGGUAAAGGUCUAUCCGCUUUUUGGAGGAGGUGGUCUUGGUGGUCUAGGAAUAUUAGAAGCGGCCCUCUUGGCAUUUGGUAUCCUGCUCUUCUUAGGGGCUCUCAUCUUUGCCAUCAUCCUCUGCUGCCUCAGAAGAAGAUUGCUUCGCAAGAUGCAGGGAGGCGGUGUAACCCUAGGUAAAGCCCAUGCUGAUCUACUCAAGGAAAAUCGCAGCACCAGCUACCAAGGCUCCAACCCUCUGUGGCUUGAUGCGGAUACCAGCCAACCAGAUGAUUGGCCGGAUAGCAUCUCGUUGCUAGGAGGAACGGUCAAAGAUUAUGAAGCUCAGGAAGCUACAAUGAAUUUCCUUUCUGAUGAGAUACCAGUAGAGAUAGCAGAAGAUGCGGUUGUCAUGACGUCCAUGGUCAGUGACAAGAGCAUCCGGAACAAGAUGGCCAACGGCGGGAUCCACCGCAAUGGCUAUGCAAAUGGCCACCGCAAUGGCUAUGCAAAUGGCUCAGUCUCGACCGUGAAGCGCGUAGACACCACAAAUCUAAAUGGAGGAAUCCGCACCUUGAAAAACAAUGUUUAUGAAGAUGGGACCGUGACAGCACAUAUGGAUCAUCCUUGGGGUGGUGGCGGGGGUCUUACGGAGGAGCAUUACUCUUCAACGACGAGCGUCACUCGGUCAGCACCGCCACCUAGGCGUGACGAAACAGACAGCAGACAGUUCAACUCAUCAACCAGAUCCACAACGGUCGUUCGGGAGAAUCAGAACUCUUUGCGCCAUCGGAAGAUCCUGACGGAGCAGACCGCAGCAGAGAUCCGGGAAAUGCUCCAGGACAUGCCCCCGGCAGACCUAGAGCAGGAGACGGAAAUGGCCGCUGCUGCCUACCGCCAGCAGAUGGCUUACGAGGCAGAGCUCACGCCAAUAACGGAAGAGGAGUCUGUAUCGUCGAGGUCUACGAACACCCGCGCAAGCAGCUACAGAGGCCAAGAUUCUUUAGAGAGGAACAAACGGAACGGGACAAUCUCCAAGCAGUACCAGGACCCAAUGGCUAAAUUUGCAGGAGAGUCCUCACUGGAAGAGCAAUACAAGGAGGAAGAGAUAGAUGGACAGGAUUCCAAGACCAAGAUCAAGUCCUACUCGGCCAAGAGAGUCACAAACAAGGUGUACUCCGGAAGAGACAUGAUGGCCAUUCCAGAGAUGGAUUCAGGAGAAAUCACCAUGUCAUCUGUCGGUGAUAUUAAAAUUGUAAACAGCAGAAACAUCUCAUCAUCACCUCAGUCAAGCCCAUCAGGAGAGAUAACCUUGUCAGAAAGUGGUGAAAUUACAGUUAUAAGAAGCAAGAGGAGAAACCUUGAUAUGGCUUCUACCCCCACAGGUGAAAUAAUCCUUUCUAAUUCAGGUGAUGUGAGGUUUUCUCUUCAACGGUCGCCCCUAGCAGCUAGCACCCCUAAUACUACAGGUGAAAUCACACUGACAAAUGGGGGAGAUGUGAAAUUUGCUCUCUUGAAAAGGAACAAAGAAGUCGUGUGUAGUCCUACAGGUGAAAUAAGGCUGACAGGAAGUGGAGAUGUGACCUUUAACCUUCAUGAUACUCAAUCAUCUUCUACCUCUAGUCCCAUAGGAGAAAUAACACUUACAAGUGGAGGUGAUGUAAAAUUUGGUGUGAUUCCAAAAUCACCCAUAUCAUCGGAUAGUCCAGAUUCCAACGUAAUAAGUCCACCUACUUCACCAAAAGAAGAAAUCAUGCUUACCGAUGAAGGAGAUGUCAAAUUGGCAAUGUCAGGCAGAAAACCUAAAGGGGAAAUAACACUUUUUGACAGUGGUGAUGUCAGGUUUUCCCUUGCCAGUAAAUCAGCAUCUUCACUUAAUAGUUCAACAAGUACAAAAGGAGAGAUCACAUUACUGGAGUCAGGAGAUAUUAUAUUAUCUAAUAAAAAGAAAGAUGAUAGAGCUAAGACAACACUGAAUAAAACAAGUCCUAAAGCCAAGAUACAUAUAUCAAUUUUGGAGUCUGGGGCAAUAAAAUUAGAUUUUCCUGAUGCUGCUGACCCUAUAGAAGACAUUGAUAAUUGUUUCUCAGAUCAUAUGAUCGGUGGUAUGGGAUCUAAAUUGGCAAUACAAGAUGAUCAUAGUUCAAUGAGUGGGUCAUCGAGUCCACCAGGACGAAGCUUUACCUACCAGGUCUUGCCUGACAGUGGUGGUAGCAACGCUGAAAACCCCUCUGUGGCUUCCCAUACGCUCUCAUCACAGUCCAACGACAGCGGGAGUAGGACUGGCGAAUUCAACCUCGCUAUGAUGGACGACGAUGAGGAUGAUGUCGAUGUCGUCGAAGAGAGACGGGUUAGGAGAACGAUCAAGAGGGAAACGAGCGGAGGAGAUGCGAUGGGAGCGAUAGGAGGGAUGGGGCGAGGGUACACAAACAAUGGAUAUAAUGAUGAAGAAAGUGCUUUGUGAGAUAAUAUGUAGAUCUUUUAUUAAAUCUUCAACUUGUUCUGUGUGCAUUGAGACAGAGCUGCCAAGUAAUAAUGGUUUCAGUAUUUAGUACUAAAAAAAUGAGAAGAAUACUGAUGGUUCCAUGCAAAAAAAAUGAACUAAAGUUUCAAUUUUAUUUGCUGUUCUUUUCAGCUUUGAAAGUACUGAAAUAUUCUUGUUCAGUUUGGCAGCUCUGUUGAGAUGAUCUUUGUAUGGUAUAUCACAUCUGCUAAAUAUUUGUUUUAAAUUAUUGAUAUUUGUAGAGUAUCUGUACAUGUAUAUUGAAAUAGCUGUUUUUAUUGUUCAUUUUAUGCCUGAUAUGCUUGUGCACUGAAAAGGCUUGCUGGGCUAAACCCACGGUAUUAAGACUCUCUUUGAAAGCUUGUAGAGACAUUAAUAAUGAAUAUGUGAUGUACAAGAACAUUAAAGAUCGUACAUGAUUGCCUGUUCAACCAAGAAAAUUUAUAUUGAAUUUUUUCGCUUUCUGAAAGAAAGUUGUGACUCUAUCGCCCUUAUGUAUGUCUCCUUUCUACUUCCUUUGCUUCAAUUUACACAUUAAAGUGUCCUGUGCCUUAAUUAGGCAAUUUAGGCAAACAUAUACCAAAAUGUGAUACAAAUGAAUACUAUUUGUACUUUUUUUUUCUGUGAUUGUCCUUUUUACGUUAAUACACACAGACUUGUUAAAGAACAACCUUUUUUUGUUGAAAUAAAGUUUCUGUGCUGAAAUAGGAUAAAUAAAGCAAAAUUUUGCCAUUUUGCCUUCAUAUGUUAUUACGACGAAUAUGAGAAUAUUUGUGGAAACUUUUAUAGUAUUGUUGUAUCCAUUUGUGUAUAUUUUCUUUACUAUAUAUAUGUUUAUUACUUUACCUCAGAGUGUAGUAAAAUUAAUUGAAGAAGUAUAAAAUAUGCGUAAUCAUAGAAUACCAUACCAUCAAAUAAAAUAAAAUAUUGGUUGAUAAAUUAUAGAUUCGAUAUUUGCAAAUGAAAAUGAAAUAUGAUAUUGAACUCCAAUGUCAUUUGUAUAGGUACAAGUUAAUUUACAUAAAUGAUUGUAAAACAUGCUUUUCAUAAGAAUAUGAAAUCAUUUGAAAUCAUGUAAAAUUGUGUAACUGUUUAAGUACUUAUUGCAUGAGCAUAACAAAUUAAUGUCGGCUCAUUAGUUGUUAUUACAUUUGUACAUUCUAGCUGCGUAUAAUAGAAUAUUUUUAUACUUGACCAUCACUAGAGCUCAGUCAGUACUAUAUAUCUUGUAUAUUUUGCAAACUUUACGAUUAAAUAUUGAUAUUGAUUAUUAUGUAUUCUCUUCAUUAGUAAAUAUGUUGUUCUUAACUAUGGAGUUAUAUGCUUGUUAAGAUAUAUUUUCUACAAGACGCGAGUCUCAAAUUCAUGUUUUUAAGCACAUGUUUGUUUGUAAAUGUUUGAAUUAAGAGAGUAUUCUUACGUUAAUAAGCAUCUUGUUAAAGAAAUGCAUUUUUUGUGAAACUUAUUUAUAAAUAUUAUUAAAACGAUGCUUUCUACAAUGAAUGAAAAUGUAAGAUAAAAUAUCAUAUGAUGAAUAUAUAGAUCAAUUUGUGUAUCUUUCAGAUAAAUGUGAAUUUUCAAUUCUUUAAAUUGUGUUUGUCUGAGAUAAGUUUUCUUUACAAACAGUAAUAGCUCUUUUGUGCAGUGAUGAUAUUAGUUAGAGGGUGGAUGAUGGUUACCCAGUAAUAUUUGGCCUUGUCCUAAAUAAUUCCUUAAAUAUAUCAAUCUGUUUAAAUUUUCAUUAGAAUCUGCGUAAGUUGAAUCUUUAACCAGAGAAAUAUUUCUAUGCAAAAGAAGAUGUAAAUAACACCUUUUCUAUAUUCUGGUCUGAAAUAAUGCUUUGACUUAGGCAAUUAUUUGACUUAUAAAAGGCCAACUUAAGCAGAAUCUAUUGUAUUUAGCUUUUUUUUUUUUUUCAAACUCAGCAAUUUUUCUUAAAUCUACACCCUCUCCCCCUCUACAAUCUAAUGUCACAUCUGCAUUGAAUGACACUUAAAUAAUUCUUCAAACAGUUGUAGCAAAUUGCAUUGCUGCCAUGACAUCAUUGUCUACUAAUGUUGCCGCUUUCAAAAUGUCUGAUGAGCUGCAACAUAUAUUCUUAUGUUUUAAACAUUGUUAAUAUUAUGUUUUAUGAUGUAGAAUUUACCACAUUGUAUUAAAUACAUAUAAUCAAGAUGAAUGAUUAUGAGCUUUUUUAAUCAACAACUCAAAGUUUCGUUUUUUGAAAGAAGAAAUUGUCAUACUGUGAUAAUUGAUUUUUUUAAUUGUACAUUUUACAAGGGGUAAAAAGGGUAAUUACUUUUUAUGUUUUGUUUAUUUUUAGGCAGAACUAAAAAGAUAACCCAUCUCUUUAUUCAUUGAAGGUUUAAAAGGAUAUUGUUUUAUCUUGUAAAUUUUUUUUCUCGAAUUUCCAACAAAUAAUUCAAUCUACAACUCAGUAAAUUUUGCUUAGCUAAUUUUCAUGAAAAUGUGAUAAUUAUUAAAAUCCGAAUCUUUUAGUUAGCAACUAAUGGAAUAUAAUAUGAGGGUCGGCUUGCAUAAUAUGUUAGCUUUAAUUUCUACAGUUCAUAUAUAUUAUAAAUAAUAAAUUAGAAUGAAUGCUUUAGAAAAUACAAAUAAUAUAUUGAGGCAUAGGAAAAAUGUUAGUUGAUUAUUAUUUGUUAUUCAUCAAUUGCAAGGUAAUAUUUCAAAAUCAGAACUGUUGAUAUGCAAUGUAGCCUUACUAUACCGGCAAUAUUCAGAGAAUAAAACUGCUUCCUUUUUUUUGAGAAA